AUGAUCGAACUAUUUACAAUUUUUGGUAAAGGUGGUAUUGUGUUAUGGUGCUUCCAAGAAGGAGGACAGCUGUUCACUGAUUCAAUCAAUCAGCUGAUCAGGGAAGUUCUGAUGCAGGAACGUGGUAAUACAACAGUUUUCAAGCACAAUGAUUUAACUAUUAAAUAUAAAUUGGACAAUGAAUUCGAACUUGUUUUUAUUGUCGUUUAUCAAAGCGCUAUUCAGCUUGCCUAUACAGAUCAGCUUUUAUCAGAUGUGCACAAAAAAUUCCGGGACAUGUACAAAAAUGUCCUUUCUGAUAACAAAUUACUUUUCUCAUCAACUUUUCGUACAUUUAGGCAAUUCAGCGAUGUUUUUCAGCGAUUAUAUCGUGAAGCUCAAAUUUUAUCAACCAAGCAACCUGAUAAAGUAAUGCGGAAAUUUGAGGAAAGCGAGAAAUCUAAAAAAACAAUAGCUUCUAUAAUCGAACGCCCCAACGAAAAGUCAGCCAAGCUCUUGAAAGAGAAAGAAGAGCAACAGAAACGGCUAAAGCAUAAAAACAAAGAAAAAGUUAUAUCUUCUAAAACAAAUGGGUCGAAACUGGCGAACGGUUAUGACGUUAGUGAAAUGAAGAAAGAAUCACCUCAAUCAGAUGUUACAUCUGAUUCGCCGAAAAGUGAUACUGAAAAAGAGGAAAUGCAACGUCGACGAGUGGAGUUUUUCAAAAAGAAGGGAGCAAAAAAAAGUGAGCUGGAAAAACAGAAUAAUCUUUCGGUUGAAUCGAAAAAAGGUAAACAGGCGCGUGUUUGGGAUCUUUCUGGAAAUGUCAAGGCGGAUAUUGAUUCUUUGGAUUACAGCAAGGGAAAAAGUGAUAACGCUGUGAACAUGACCGAGCAAGAAGAUAGAAAGUUUGUGGAGGAACAGAUGCAGUUUGUUGGUCAUUUCAAAGGAGAGCUACCAGGACUAAUCGAUGAGCAGAAUGAAGAUUUGGACGUUAAUGAAGACAUGAAUGAUGAAGUGAAUGAGGAGAAUGGUCAUGAUGGUUGGUUUUCGGCUUUCCGUUCACUUGUUGGAAACAAGAAGUUAACGGUUGAAGAUAUCAAACCUGUACUGGAUAAAAUGCGGGAAACUUUAAUUGCAAAAAACGUUGCUGCUGAUCCAGCAGAAAAACUCUGUCAGUCGGUAGAGGUAAAACUGGAAGGUAAGGUGGUGGGGACAUUCAGCCGUGUUGCAAGUAUUGUGAAAGAAUCCGUUCGUGAUGCUCUUGUGCAGCUACUUACACCCAAACGACGCGUGGAUAUAUUGCGUGAUAUUCUUGAAGCGAAACGUGAGAAACGUCCAUACAUAAUUGUCUUUUGUGGUGUUAAUGGUGUGGGAAAGUCAACAAAUCUUGCAAAAAUCACUUUUUGGUUAAAUGAAAAUGGGCAUAAAGUAUUAAUUGCGGCAGCUGAUACAUUUCGAGCAGGAGCUGUGGAACAACUGCGAACUCAUACAAAGCAUCUUAAUGCUUUGCAUCCUAAUAGUGUUCAGUUGUACGAACAAGGUUAUGGGAAGGACCCUGCUGGCCUUGCUGCUGCUGCUAUUUCUAUCGCAGUGGAGCGUGGAACUGACGUAGUGUUGGUUGACACAGCUGGUCGCAUGCAAGACAAUGAGCCACUUAUGCGUUCUCUGGCUAAGUUGAUUCAAGUGAAUCAGCCGGAUUUAGUACUAUUCGUGGGUGAAGCACUGGUUGGAAAUGAAGCUGUCGAUCAGUUGGUGAAAUUCAAUCAGUCAUUAGCAGACCAUGCGGCUUUAGGUGAUGAGGGCCGACUCAUUGAUGGUAUCGUAUUAACAAAGUUCGAUACCAUCGAUGAUAAAGUUGGCGCUGCAAUUUCAAUGACAUACAUUACCGGACAACCAAUUGUAUUUGUUGGUACUGGACAGACUUAUAAAGAUCUAAAAAGUUUGAAUGCUAGUGCUGUUGUUCAUUCAUUGCUUAAAUAA